CCUUCCCCUACCUCUUCCUCCGCGCCCCCCCCUCCCCCACCCGCCGCGUCCCGGCCACCGCCGCCAUCCACGGCAAGCUCCGGCGAGACAUGUCGCGCUUCGGCCGCUCCGGCCCGCCGCCGAUCCGCGACACCUACUCCCUCCUCGUCCUCAACAUCACCUUCCGCACCACGGCGGAUGACCUAUCCCCGCUCUUCGAGAAGUACGGCGAUGUGGUCGACAUCUACAUCCCUAGAGAUCGUAGGACUGGUGAUUCCCGAGGGUUUGCGUUCGUGAGGUACAAGUACGAGGACGAGGCGCAGAAGGCAGUUGAUCGGCUUGACGGGAGAGUGGUAGACGGAAGGGAGAUCAUGGUGCAGUUUGCUAAGUACGGCCCGAACGCUGAACGAAUUCAUAAAGGAAGAAUCAUGGAGACAGUUCCAAAGUCAAGGGGUCGUUCCAGAAGCCGCAGUCCAAGACGGGGGUACCGUGAUGACUAUCGGGAGAGAGACAAUUAUAGACGGCGGAGUCGGAGUAGAGAUAGAUACGGACGUGACAGGUACAAGGAGAAAGAUUAUCGUCGUCGUAGCAGGAGUCGCAGCUACACUCCUGAUGAUUACAGGAGGCGCGGCAGAGAUAGUGUGUCACCUGCACGCAGAAGCCCUAGUCGUAGCUACAGUCCUGAUGAUUACAGGAAGCGUGGCAAACACAGUCAAUUGCCUGCCUGUAGAAGCCCAAGUAUGUCACCUGCGAGAAGAAGCGCUAGUAUGUCACCUGUGAAAAGAAGUCGCAGUAUGUCGCCUGCACGCAGAAGCCCCAGCAUUUCACCCGCACGCAGAAGCCCCACCGUUUCGCCGGCACGCAGAAGCCCCAGUGUUUCACCUGCACGCAGAAGCCCUAGUCGCUCUCCUCGCAGGGCACCAUCUUCUCAAGAGGGAUCUCCUGUCAAGCACAAUGAUGAGUCUAGGCGCUCUCGUAGCCCUUCCACAUAAAUCUGAAUAUCGUGAAAACACAUCAAACAUCUGAGGAUGAAUGGAAUGGUGAUGGUCAUGUCAAGAGGCUGUUUGGUGCUACCAAUUAAAACGGGAAGUUAUGGAGAGUGUUAUCGGUUGCUGUGACAAGUGAAUACUGAUUCCUUGUGGACACCUGAACGCUUGUUGAGGAUUCUAUGUACUUCAAUUCCUUUUCAUUCAGCCUUGUCUCUUAGCAUUUGAUAGUAUCACUUCACUUUUGGUACUUGGUACUUACUAUAAAUGGUAACUUGAACCUUUCUAGUUACAUGAUGGGGUGAAGAGGUGCUGGCUGAUAAGUGGUCAACAUCCAAGUUGCUGUUGCGGUUGAUAUUGUUUUGUGCUGUUUGCCUUGAUGAUGAUGGUGGUGGUCGUGGUGAUGAUGAUGAGAUGAUGGUGGUAUCGAUUUGCUGCCUGCUUGCAUCCUUUGCUGUCUGCACUCGUUAUGCUGACAAGUAAGGUCCCAUUGAUAUAGCUGAGUUUCACUGCAACUGCUUCCAAUCAUGCAUUAUUGAAAUGCUUUGUUCAUGAAUAAUGCAUGUCAGCAAUUUAGAAGUUGGAUUUUGAAACGCUAUAUUUCACUGUGUGUGCAUGCACCCUUGAUUUGUGUUGUGUGAUCGAAUAUUUCCAAAUAUUAGCUUGCAUUCUUAAUGAUCUGUUAUUCUUAUAGCUUUACUGACUCAUAUAUGACAUGAUUUGUCGCCUUAUAUGAUUAUGUGAAUAGACUUUGUAGGCUAACGUGAUUAUGAUAAAGUGAUGUGCUCUUUAAUUCAUCUUAUUAUCUUUAAUUCAUGGUUCAGAAAACGCACGCACGUUCGGUCGUUAAUGUUUUCAAGGAUGUAAAGUUCUGUUUAACUUCAUUAACUCUGUCAACAAACCUUAACUAUUAUAGCUGCACAGAGAUUAUUGCAUAUAUGUUAGUGUUUGUUGCUCUUUACCAUCAUUUAGCCAUAGUGUUAGGAGAUGCCUCAGUUGCAGAAUCCCUUGGUUGGCCCGGUGCCUACUUGAAGCGACUUGACCACAGAACUGAGGAUUUGCUGCAAUGGGAAUAUAUAUCGUGGCCCUGGUAGAACAAGCUUCAUAUGGUUCAUAAUUUUGCUAUGAAGACUGUAAUAUGAACUUGUGAUGUAUGGUAAUUACUCUGAACAGCAUUUGGCAUGCCAAAAAAUUCGGUCUCAUGAAAAAUAUGAGAUGCAAAUUGACUAAAGUGCAUCAAGCCACUGUUGUGCUAUCA